GCUGCAGAACAAAAUCAGAGUGUGAGUGGAGCUUCAUCYGCGCGCGCUCGCGUUGACGUCCAGCACUUUCCUCUCAGCGUCCGGUUCGGAUGGACAGACUCUGAGCCGCAGCGUCAGCCAGCCCCCUAAAAGCAACACCAACACCCACCCUCGGUCAUCUGAAGUGGGACACAGCAAUAUUUUUUCUUAUUUUCGCUCCAUAAUCUAAUUUUUCCUUUCAAGUCGCCGGAGAGAGUGCUGCGCAGAUCAGGUCCGCGCGCGGAGGAAGCGGGUAGGUUGGCUGUUUACCGGAGUGUCGCGUGCUCUGCUCUGGGAUAGUCAGACUGAAGUAAAGUGGGUUUAGGAACACCACGUUUGAUAACAUUUUAUCCCUGAAAGCGGAGACAAAGCGUUUUGGUGACGCUUUAAACACUGAGGGCUACUUCAGAGCUGGAGUGAAAAAAACAAACAAACAGGGUUUGUCUCUAAAGGCUGGACACGUCAUGGGUCUCUUGUGGUUCUCCCGACUGAUCCUGAUCAUCUUAACCCUCAUCCCACAACRGUCCCUGGGUUGUCCUUCUGGAUGCCGCUGUUACAGCCUCACAGUGGAAUGUGGAUCACUUGGGAUCAAAGAAAUCCCACAGGGUGUCCCGUUCAUCAUAGAGACGAUCUUCCUCCAGGACAAUGCCAUAAUGCAGAUACGUCUUAAGGACCUGAGUCGCCUGAGAAGCCUCCAUUACUUGUACCUCCAGAACAACAGCAUCUCAGCCUUGGAGCCUGGGGCCUUCCUCGAUCAGGGCCAGCUGCUGGAGCUGGCCCUCAAUGGCAACCUCAUCCACCUGGUGACCCCUGACAUGUUUCGGGGUCUGGAGCACCUUCGUAUCCUCUACCUCGCUGGCAACCAAAUCACUCGCAUCCAGGAUCACACCUUCAGGGGACUGCAGCGACUGCAGGAACUUCACCUGCAGGAGAACAGCAUAGAGGUGCUCGCAGAGCAUGCUCUGUCUGGCUUGUCGUCUCUGGCCCUGCUGGACCUAAGCAGGAAUCACCUUCGCACCCUGGGAGCCUCAUUCCUCAAACCACUCGUCAGCCUGCAGGUGCUUCGUAUCACAGAGAACCCUUGGCGCUGUGAUUGUGCUCUUGGUUGGCUGAGAACCUGGAUCAGCGAAGACGGACAGCGUCUGCUGAGUUCGGCAGAACAGCGCCGGCUGAUGUGUGCAGARCCCCCCCGCCUCUCCCACCUCAGCCUGGUGGACGUGCCCCCYAACAGUCUGGUGUGCAUCCCUCCUGUGGUGCAACUCGAGCCCAGUCACCUGACUGUCCGACUCGGAGAAAGCCUCCGAGUCUCCUGCCAGGCCUCGGGAUACCCUCAGCCCCAGGUGACUUGGAAGAAAUCCUCCCAUGGUAAGCCCCAGUUAUCACCUCGAGGUCUGUUCCAAGAGCUGGGCCCCAAUGGGGAGCUGUUCAGACCUGCGGCAGGGGGAGUGGUGACAGCUCUGCCCAGCAGUCGAGAGAUCAAGGUGGGAGGUGCAGGAGGAAUCCAUGGCCUUGUGCGUGGGACUGAGGAAGGCGGUGAGAGGGACAGCUUCGAUCCCGACAUGGGCAGUGGCAUGCUGUUCCUCAGUAAUGUGACUGUAGCACAUGCUGGGCGCUACGAAUGUGAGGCCUGGAACCCAGGUGGUGUGGCUAGGGUUACGUUUCAYUUGGCCGUCAACAUGUCGUCUUCUUCAUAUUCAUCCCAUUUCUGGCCUCGAUUGAACACACACUCCUAUGUUUCUUCUUCAUCCAGCUCCUUCUAUCAGCCAGAAGUCCUAGAUAUUAGCCAGGAGCCAUUGUAUGAGCAGGACAGCAUGGACUUUAAUGCCCUAGGGCCUGCCACCCAAACUGCUAUUGCUAUUGGAAUCUCUUUGCUGGCACUCACUGCUGUCCUUCUYUUGAUAAUGAUCUACACUCGUCACCAGCAGUAUCAAAAAGAGGACAGCGGCUCCUACUGUACCAGCAAGGAAGAGAGCAUACUCUAUGUGAAUGACUACUCUGACGGGCCCACCACCUUUGCACAGCUGGAGGAGUACCGUGACGACCACGGCCAUGAAAUGUACGUACUCAACAGAACCAAACCCGUCAUGGGCUCCAAUUCAUCCAGGUGUCCCAUGAUAAGUGGGUUUGUCCAACAGAAGGGCAUGAAGGAAGCGCUUCUGGAGCAUGAAAUGGUUCAGACACUGACAAGAUCAGGGGGAAUGGGGCUUCGCAGAAACCCAGCAGAAGGUGGAGAGGGUCCCCUGACUACAGAUCCAGAGGAGCUCUUUCUGAGUCAGAGUCUCCUGUUUGGAUCACAAGUUGCCUAUGAGAUCCACUGCUGAAGUAUCUAGCCCGUGCUCUCAUGUGAAACAAAAAAGGUUGAUGGAUUUAWAUCAAGACCCUAGAAAUGAUCUUGCAGCAAUUAUUUCAUGCACCAGAUUAUUAUCUGGCUUUCAACAGAGGAGGGGGAGUCAGUUCGUGAUUGUUGGGGGAGAUGCAGCCUCCCAGAGAUCCUCUUCUAACUGAUUAUGUGACAUUAAAAUGGGUCAGGGGAAUGGACAGUGGUAAUUAUGGAGAAAAGAACUAAUGAACCAUACUUUUCAGUUUCCAAAUAAACCCUUUAAAGAUAAUUACAAGUGGCUGACCUCACCAGAACUGGUCUAAAAGUUCAACUAAAUCCUUACAAAAGAGGUCUGCAAAACUGUGCAGUGUGUGGUUGUAACGUACGUGUAAAAUGAAUCAAUUUUUCUACAAAAUGUCUAAGUUUUGUUUUGUGUGUUUGGUCUGUAUCCUCUGUAAAUGAARGGCAGUUAAUUUUCUA